UAUCAAUUAUAUGUUCAUUAUGUAAUUGGAAUGGUCCAUUUAAAGAUUAUGAGGAACACCUCAAAACUGCUCAUCCAAAUCCAAUAUGUGAAUUUUGUGAAGAAAGAUUUAAUUCAAUCAUUGAACUUGACAAGCACAAACAAAAAGAAUGUGCCAAAAUUACUGUGCCUUGUCCACUUAAAGAGUGUGGUUGUUUGGAUUCAAUCUAUCGAGCUCAGUUACAAGAGCAUUAUUUAAGUGAUAUUCACCAAAAAGCAAUAAUUAGUACUAUAUGUCGCUUAUUAUCAAGGGUAAUAAAUGAACGACAUGGACGAGUGUCAGGAAUGGAUGUUGAUAUUGAACUAGAAAUCUAUGAAACAAUAAAUAUUCUUGCUAGUGGAAUUCAAACAUUAAAUGAUGAUACACAACAUCUUAGUAGUGAAUCAAUUCGAUUACAAAGUUCAACUGAAUCCUUAACACAAGAAUUUUCAUCACUCAAAUUAAGUGUUCAAGAAGAAAAUUCUUUUUUAGAUGGUAUUAAACUUAAUCAAGAAAUUCUUCAACAAGAUGUUGCAUCAUUGGAAGAAAAAGUUGACGAUAUGCAAUAUGUAUCAUAUGAUGGAACAUCAAUAUGGAAAAUAAAAAAUUUUCGUGAAAAAAUGAUGGAUGCUCAAUCUGAACGACAAACAUCAAUCUAUUCACCCCCAUUUUACUCAUCAGCAACUGGCUACAAAAUGCGAGCUCGGCUCUAUCUAAAUGGUGAUGGUGAUGGCAAUGCUCGACGUACACAUAUGUCAUUGUUUUUUGUUCUAAUGCAUGGUAAAUAUGAUGCAAUAUUAAAAUUUCCCUUCAAUUAUAAAGUUACAUUUUGUUUGUAUGAUCAAACUCCUCAACAACAACACAUUAUCGAUUCUUUUCGACCAGAUAUUAAAUCAAACAGUUUUCAAAGACCACGAUCAGAGAUGAAUAUUGCUAGUGGUAUACCUAAAUUCUUUCCAUUGACAAUGAUUCAACAAGAAGGUAAUCCAUAUGUAAGAGAUGAUACAAUGUUUAUUAAAGUCAUGGUUGAUUUUGGUGACAUGCCAAAAACAUUAUUACCAUAUGCAUUGAGUCUUAAUCCAGGAUUACCAAUGCAUAUUCAACAAUUAAUGAUUAAACAAGAAAUAGAACGAAGAGCACAACAACAAUCUCAACAAACACCUACAUCACCUGCAAAUCGUCCCGUAACAUUGCCGGUGCCAUCCAAUAAUGAAGCCCAAUCAGGUCAAAUAAUAGUUAAUACAAUAUCAUCAUCUAAUGCAGCAAAUACUAAUGAUAGAUCGGCUCAUAUUCAUGUGACACCCUUGCCAUCUGCAUCGAGUCUUCAUCCUGAGUCACAAAUGUCUACUCAACAAACACUGAUUGAAGUAGCAGAAGAAGAAUUUUCACAAGAAACACAAGAAAGAGAUAAUUAUGAUUAUGGGAUCAACUGUAAGGAAACCCGGGGUUAG